CCCUUGAUUUAUUUUACGCCGCCCAGGAACAACAACUGUCGGUAGGCGAGUGAAAGGCUCCUCUUUUCCGUUUUUAACGCUCACGGAGGACAAUUAAACUGCAACGGUUAACGGCUGCUGCAGCCACCGCGCGCCGCACGUGUCUGAGCAGAAAGGGGGGGCGGCGUGUCUCGUGCGGUGUGCAGUGAACACCCGAGUUCUGCUCGACGUCGCUGGCUGCCAGCUCGCGACGUUACCCCUCAGCGUCGUUGGAACAGAACAAGUUGCUGUGAGAGCUAGUCGGAGCCAAAUGACAUUGUCUGUAACUUACAGCAGGAAAGGAGAUGAGCACCAAGAGGAAGGUGGAUAGUCACUCGAGGGCAACAAACAGACCUCGUCUCAUGAAGUCUGGAGGAACCCGGGCAGAAUCAGAGAGAGACUCUGGGUUCUCAGAUGCAAGCUCGGAGCAUAUGAGCUCAAUGGACAACACGGACUCUGAGGAUUCAUCCCGACCUGUUUUACACAAGGGCCCGCAUACUUCUGGCUCGGGGCCCCCAUCCUCUCAGCUGGCUGUGGUGGGAGGCUCCUACUCUAACCUCUCUCCCAUGAUCAUCAUGAACAAUGUCCUCCUCAAGCAGCCUCGAGAUACUUCUCCUGCUCUGAAGCCCUGGAGGUUUAGUCCCACAGUGGAGGUGGUUCAGCCGGUGGUCCAGCAGCCUCAGGUGGUCUUUCUUCAGCCUGUGGUCUCUCAUCAAGCUUCCCCAGCCUCCAAAGAGACCUCCUCUAGACACAGGCGCCCUAAGAAGUAUCUUCCAAUCCUGAAAUCCUACCCCAAGAUCGCCCCACAUCCCGGGGACUCGAGUUCCUCAGGGAGAGGAACUGCUUCCUCAUCUUCCUCCACCUCGUCUUCUUUUCACUCCUCCUCCUCCUCCUCUUCUGGGUCAGAGAGGGGUAGCAGCAGUUUGAGCUCCAACAACCGGGAACACUGUCAGAGACCGAAGCAGAAGAGAAACCUGAGUGGUGGUGCUAGUAACUCUGGCUCAACCGCUACACCCAGCACCACGUCUCCUCUGGACCAGAGCCGACUCUCUCUCCCCACAACAGAACCCAGUGCCAGCAGCAGCCCUGCCAGUGAGAGGCCUUCAUCUGUUGUCAGCCAGGCAGAGAUCUCCACCUCCUUGUCUGUUACUCAAGCCACUGGCUCAUCGGGAGAAAGUAAACACAGUGACAGUGGUGUCGAUGCAAAGAGGAAGCGCUUCUGCAACACGUACAACAUCCUGAGCAAAUCUGGCCUGCUCGAUAUCGCGCUGCGCACCAAGGAGCUGCACCGGCAGAACCGACGCACCCAGAGCGAUCUAAACCGGCUAAAAGAACACACGGAGUUGUUCCUUCAGGCUCUGUGUGGCGGAGACGCCGACGUCUGGGUUAAGCUGCAGGCCGAGCUACAGGAGGAAGACCGAGAGGAAGGGAGGGAGAGAGCUGCUCAGACCAGCUUAAAGGCAGAUUAGACCCAGACUAGUGCUGGGCAGUAAUCCUUUAGACUGAGAUCGGGACAGGAAGGCCAUGGUUUGGGGGGGGUUGGAGUGUAUAGAGACAGAUGGACCGACAGUAAUGUGCUUCGCAAUACACAUCCCCCCACAGUCCUGUGGCCUACAUUUGGGCUGCCUUAGGGUCCUGACACACCAAGCCAACCUCAAAGAAUUGGUGCGGAUAAAGACUUUUUGUUACUGUUAAAAGUUGCACUUGAACUCCUCGUUAAGACUGUAGCUGGUGGACAGUUGACUGCCAACAUGCACAUAUGUUCUGAACCUGUGUGAGAGGUGAUGUUAGUCAGCAGUCUGUAUUUGUAAUGCAAGAAACAAAGCAAACAAUGCUACCCCUUUGCUACAGAAUUUGUGAAAAGGCAGCUAAUCACAGGUUUGCACGGUCACACAGUCCUCUCUUUAAUGGCUUCUGUCACCGAUUCAACGAGCUUAAUCAUCCAAACAUCCACCUGCUUGUUAUGUUCGGGAUCUACGGUCCAACAAAGCCACAGCUCACUGAUCUGCAAUCAAGACUCUGAGAGAUUUGGAUCCAAAACAUGAUGCGGCAAACAAACGCAAAACUGACAGCACAAUACAGGCUCCGAAUCUGAAAGCUUAAAGACCUGAUGUGUAAACGUUUAAUUUAACAGUGCAUGCUAGGGGACAGACUGUCUCACUACAUUGAGUUAAGUUGACAACAGUCUUUGCAUCAUUCAUGGUAGUUCUCUAAGCUGUGUUCCACUCAUACUGCUUAACAGACAUCCGCCAAAGUGUGUACAUAAUAUGAAUUACUUUAUUCAGCACUUACAAUAUCAAAGUAAACGUUCUCAUGUCACGUAGAAUGUGUCCAGUCAGCGUCUAUAAAUAGACAAACAUGCCUAAAGUGUCUUUUUUUUUUUUUUUUUUUUUUAGUUUUUUGCUGCAUUUUCAAACUUGAUGUGAAAGAUUUGGCACGUUGAUGAUUUCAAGUUGAGCGUUCCCAUCAUGUUGAUGGCGGCUGUGUUACUGUACAAACUGGCUGGAAGUAAAGCACAUUUUCCAAUAACAUCUCUGCGUGCUUCCUGUAGUUCAUCAGUCACUUCUUUGGGGUUGUUUUUGUGUUUACUCUAACUUCAGUGCAGAUUUUUAUGUUUGGAUGAAUGUGUCAUACAGGAGCAGUCAGUUUUCUUGAUGCUCAGCUCAGCUUCAGGCCUCAUGAGUCCAGGUUUCUAUUCUUUUAUUUGAAAAAGAAAGAACUACAGGAACAAGAGCUUUGUGAUGCCUUGCUCGGAGUCUGAGUCCAGUGCUCCGAGCAUCUUGUGUCUUCCCACUAUGAUGAAUGUGAUUCAAGCGAUUGUGAAGCAGCCAAAGACACAGAGAAAAACAUGCUGACUGUACUAGUUUUAUUUUUUUUAUCCAGCAGAUGUUCAGACAAGCCCAUAAUUCAUUCAUGAAGGAAGCUACAUGUGUUAUUUUGUGCUGGUUUGCUAAUGACGCGAGUUUCCCAAACGAGAGAAAAAAGAAAUUGCAGAAAUAAUAGAAAUUCUUUCAUGACAUAACCCACGUGGCUUUUAAGUGAGUCACUUUCUUUUUCCUCAAAUCAAAGCACAGUUGGCUCAUUGUGAAAAUAUUUUUUGAUUCAUGGAAAAGAAAACCUUUUUAUAUGGCACAGCAGCGAGACUACCGGCACUAUUUUGGUCUUUCUUUGGUGAAAUGCAAACGUCAGCUUGUUUGAGCUCUUUUAACAGCCACAGCGUCGAGCCUCUACCGAUGCUUAUUGUGAAUUUCUUCCACCAGCAACAUAAAUCCAUCUAAACUCAAACUACGAGAUCAAAACUUCUUACACAACUCAUUUCUACUUUUGCAGACAAUUCCUCCUCAAUCAGAGGAAAGAUGAGGGAUAUAUUCUUGGUAUUAAUGUUUUUCUUUCUUAAUUAAAGGUUCCUGUAGGCUGCUGCUGAAAUGAGAUCUUGCUGUUUUUCGAUUCUGGUUCACUGCCAGUGGAAUAAAUUAUAUGGAAAUAUAAAAAGAUCAAUGACAUUUUUGCUGAAAAUGACACACCGGUCAUCUCGUCUUUUUUUUAGGUGGUUUCCUCAUUUGCUGCCAUCAGCCUUUAAUAAAGCAUCAACAUAUUAUAAAGUAGCUCCGCUCACUGUGAUCUAAAGUUAAAUUUACUGCUUCUGUGACUGAACUACAAGUCUCUAAAUAUAUGUGUCAUGUUUUUAACUUUCAAGACAAGAAGUUAAUUGAAAAAGAGUCGAGACCGGCUUUGCUCGUACAAAAUAUUUAGCUCAAAUAAUUUGUUUUUUAACGUGAAACAGUGUGAAUUGUUGUGGGAACAUGAACACUUCUAUUAAUGGACGUAGUGGGGCUAUCUGGCAAUCAUUUGUACUAAAGACAUAAAUGCAGAAAGCUGUUUAAAUCCUUGUGGGACUUUACAAAAACAUGUUUCAUGUCUAACAGUUUGGAACAUCUUAUAACGGUACUUCAGCUAUAACAAUCAAGGUUUGAUGUAACAUGCUUUUUGUCAUACAUUGCUGGUAUAAUAAAUGUCAUUCCAAAGAA